AUGCAGAUUGUGCGCAUCGACGAGAAGCAGUGUAUUUCUGUCACCGGCGCUCAGAUCGAAAAAUUCUUCUUCACCAAGGAAGUUGGGGAUACCAUCACUCUGGUGAUCGGGCAGAUCAGUAUACUAGCAUGCAAAAUCGACUGGUCAGCUUGGGUCGACGACCACGAAACAACAGAGGUUGACACUACCAAGGCAGCGGUCUACAUGCUCACUAGACGCGAUUCCCAACGCACCUUGUCCAAGUCCUGUGAUGUUUUGUUUACCCUCGCUUAG